CCAAACCUCUGUUUAGUGACUGAACGAACAAACGAAGCAAACGCAACGAAAAGGCAACGAAAUAAUGAGCCAACUAAGGCAGCACCACCAACAACAACGAUGUAUGUGUAACCGUAGUGACCGAGCCGAGCCGACCCGAUCGGAAUCGAUCAGCACCCGCGCGAACGUCGGCGCACGAGCCUCUCUCCCGGCGACGUCACCGUAUCCCCAACUUCUUACACAUGCGGCCCACGUGCUUGUCGACAGCCGGCGCAUUGCUGCAGUUCCUCCUCCUCCUACUCCUUUCAUUCCCCACCGCCACCGCUAACUGACGUAGAUUUCUUACAUGGACGGAUCCGACGCCGCAACCUCGACGGCGCUACCCUCGCCACCGCCACGUUCCUCCUACAACCCUUCACCCUUCCGUGAGGACUACUGGACCGAGGAUGCCACCUUCACCCUAAUAGAAGCAUGGGGCGACCGUUACGUCGAGCUCAACGGCGGAAACCUCCGUAAAAAACGCUGGCAAGAGGUCGCCGACGCCGUUAACGCCUAUCACGGCGCCAACAAGAAGGCCUGUCGCACUGAUGUCCAGUGUAAGAACCGCAUUGACACCCUAAAGAAAAAGUACAAGAUCGAGAAAGCUCGGAUUCUUGGCUCUGAUAGAACCCUAACCAGUAAAUGGCCCUUCUAUUAUCGCCUCGAUGGACUAAUUGGGCCCACUGUACCUGCUGAGAAGUCUUCGCCUCCGCAUGCCCUUCCUUUACCCUAUCGAAAUACCGCUCUUUCGCUCCCUCACGCUUCGCCAGUCCCGCUCUCGGUUCGAUACGGUAAGGAGAAGCGGCCUUCCCCUGCUGUUGAUGAUUCGUUCUUCCGUAGGAAUUUUUUUGCAGCUGCUGCUGCUGCUGAUGAUGAUGAUGUGGAUUCUGGAUCGUCGAGGUCGAGCAUGGAUAGCUGGCGGAGGGAUGGGGAGGUAAAUGGCUUCCGUCUGCUGGCGCAGGCAAUUUCGAGUUUUGGUGAAAUUUAUGAGAAGGUGGAAGGGGCCAAGCAACGGCAGAUGGUUGAAUUGGAAAAACAGAGGAUGCAGUUUGCUAAGGAUUUGGAGUUUCAAAGGAUGAAGCUUUUUAUGAAUACUCAUGUUCAGUUUGAGAAGAUUAAGCGUGCUAAGGAGAGAGCUGCUACUUCUGAUAGUUACCUAUAGCUAGCCAUUGGAGAGGUUUUUGUGUGGAGUUUGUUCUAGGGAGAUGUACAUUUUUUAGUCCUUGAUAUAUGGAUCAUUUCUGCUGCUGUGCAAACUUUUCUAUCAAUUAUUGAGAGAAGAUAAAGAGGAAGAAUGUUACCUCUGAUGCCUAGGGGUGGAGGCCUGGCUGACAAUGAAGCUUAGAGAAAGAAAUGUAUAGUAAUGGUAAAUGCCGUGAAUUCUUUUUAUUU